CUUACAUGCUGCUUCUGUCUCUCUCUCUUUCCCAUCCGCCCCCUCUCACACACACACACUCAUGCACUCAGGCAUAUAAGUGCACACAUUGACAGGGGAGCGUGGAGGAUAAACUCACUCACCAUUCCAGUCUCAUCUCCCCCUCCCUCUCUCUUGCUGCCGUUCCUGAUGCUCGGCGGAGGCAAUCUGGCUGCACCCAAACGACUCUCUUCAGCCUAGGCAAGCAGGAAACGUUGCAUCAGGCUUCGGCAAAGGAUAGAGAGGCCCUGUAAGGUGAGAGACAGACGUGCCGGUUGACGAGAGAGAGAGAGAGAGAGAGAGAAAGAGAGAGAGACCCCUUGGCAGCCUGGCCAUACCCCCACUCUCCCAUUUCCCAUGUAUCCAGAAUCAACCACAGACUCACCUGCCCGCCUCUCUCUCAGACAGACAGGCUCCCCAGGCAUGGUCUACAGUGCGAGAUAUGGGAGUCCAAAACGGCAGCUGCAGUUUUACAGAAACCUUGGAAAGUCGGGCCUGAGAGUCUCAUGUCUUGGAUUAGGAACAUGGGUGACGUUUGGUGGGCAGAUCACAGAUGAGAUGGCAGAGCAGCUGAUGACUCUGGCAUAUGAAAAUGGGAUCAAUCUGUUUGACACGGCAGAGGUCUAUGCUGCAGGAAAGGCAGAAAUAGUGCUGGGCAACAUCAUAAAGAAGAAAGGAUGGAGACGCUCCAGUUUAGUCAUUACAACGAAAAUAUUUUGGGGUGGAAAAGCAGAGACUGAGAGAGGACUGUCUAGAAAGCACAUUAUAGAAGGUUUAAAGGCAUCGUUGGAGAGAUUGCAGUUAGAAUAUGUGGAUGUAGUGUUUGCAAACAGACCAGACCCCAACACACCCAUGGAAGAGACGGUGCGGGCGAUGACUCAUGUGAUCAAUCAGGGAAUGGCAAUGUACUGGGGCACAUCACGCUGGAGUCCGAUGGAAAUCAUGGAAGCGUAUUCUGUGGCCCGACAGUUUAACCAGAUCCCACCAAUCUGCGAACAGUCGGAAUAUCACAUGUUCCAGAGGGAGAAAGUGGAGGUACAGCUUCCUGAGCUCUUCCAUAAGAUCGGUGUGGGUGCGAUGACGUGGUCCCCGUUGGCCUGCGGGAUAAUCUCAGGAAAAUAUGACAGCGGGGUGCCGCCGUGCUCUCGAGCAUCUCUGAAGGGCUACCAGUGGUUGAAGGACAAGAUCUUGAGCGAGGAGGGCCGACGCCAGCAGGCGAAGCUGAAAGAGCUGCAGGCAAUCGCUGAGCGGCUGGGCUGCACGCUGCCACAGCUAGCCAUUGCGUGGUGCCUGAGAAAUGAGGGCGUAAGCUCUGUGCUCUUAGGAGCCUCCAACACCGACCAGCUCAUGGAGAAUAUCGGAGCAAUACAGGUUCUUCCAAAGUUAUCCUCCUCCAUUGUACACGAGGUGGACAGUAUACUGGGCAACAAACCCUACAGUAAAAAAGACUACCGCUCCUAGUGUGGAACCGGACGGGACACGCUCUGCACCCACCUUGCCUGAUCCUCUGUUCGCUUCAGCUUUUCUGAAUGAGUACCGGCCGCAUGAGACGGGCAAGCACCCACAAACCCUGGAGAGCAAGACUUUUACAGCAGAAAGGGCAAGAAAAACUUGAAAAAUUAAACAAAACAAAGAAAAAAAGUUAUUCGCUGACAAAAUGGGUUAAAAUGCAGCAUAGAAAGUAAUGUAUUGAAAAUAUGUGCUUAUGGAUACAACCCUACAGGAAAGGUACUUUAAAUUGAGAACAUUAGGGUAAUUAAGGACAAAAUUAAGCAACAUACUUUUAAAAAGUUAAAAAGUAAAAAAAAAAAAACAUGCUUGCUUGGUUGCUGGAAAUAUUCUUUUUUUUUUCUCUUUGCUUUUUUCUUUAAUUUUUUUUUGAAUGCAUAAUGACACAAAUGGAGCUCAAGCUGAAAUAGGUAAUGAAGUAUAUGAUCAGUUGCACAUGAUCCAUAGCCACUCAUGUGAUCCAUUUGGGUUUGCACACAUCGCUCGCAUCAUCAAGGUGUC